UUUUUUUUGCUCCGGUCCUCGUCUCUCCAAAAGAACAGAUUUCUUUUUCUUGGUGAGAGAUGGGGGUGAAAAAUCUGUGGGAUAUCUUGGAGUCCUGCAAGAAAACCCUCCCCCUUCACUAUCUCCAGAACAAGAGGCUGUGCGUGGAUCUCUCUUGCUGGCUGAUCCAAUUCCAGAACGCCAGCCGGUCGCCGGCCUGCGCGAAGGAGAAGCUCUACAUCAGAAGUCUUUUCCACAGGCUCCGAGCCCUGAUCGCCUUGAACUGUAGCCUUAUUUUCGUUACAGAUGGAUCAAUUCCUUCCAUUAAAUUGUCCACUUAUAGACAGCGACUGGGUUUUGGUUCCGAGGUUGCUCGAGAGGAUGUAAAUUCCCAAUCAAUGCCUUCACUUCGUAGAAACAUGGGUUCUGAAUUCUCAUGUGCGAUAAAAGAAGCAAAAGUUCUUGGAAUGGCGCUUGGUAUUCCUUGCCUAGAUGGGCUAGAGGAAGCAGAAGCAGAGUGUGCGUUGUUGAAUUCAGCAUCCUUAUGUGAUGGGUGUUUCACUUCAGAUUCAGAUAUCUUCCUUUUUGGAGCUAGGACAGUUUAUAGAGAGAUUAUCCUAGGGGAGGGUGGCUAUGUAGUUUGCUAUGAGAUGGAAGAUAUAGAGAAAAACCUUGGAUUUGGGAGGAAUUCACUGAUUUCUCUGGCUCUUCUUCUUGGCAGUGACUACUCUCAACGAGUUCAUGGAUUUGGGCCGGAAACAGCAUGCCGGCUUGUUAAAUCAAUAGGCAAUGAUACGAUUCUGUCCCAGAUUGUGUCUGAGGGAUUAAUAAUGGCAAAAAAGUAUAAAGGAAAGAAAAAUACAGGGAAAGUUCUCAGCUGUGAUGUGAAUAAGGAGAAUGAUUCAGGCCUGAGGCACAAUAAUUGCACAAAUGGAAAGAAUCUAGGAUUGCACGAUCAAUUUCUGGAAGUAAUAAAUGCCUAUCUGAAGCCAAAAUGUCAUUCACCAGAUUCAGAGGCGGUACUGAGGGUGUGCACCCAACAUCCUUUUCUACGGACACAACUUCAACAGAUAUGUGCACGGUAUUUUGGUUGGGACCCUGAUAAAACAGAUCAGUAUAUCCUUCCCAAGAUUGCUGAGAGAGAUCUUAGGCGGUUUGCUAAUCUACGUUCCACAUCAUCAAAACUGGGAAUAAGGAUUCCCUUGGAUGAGAUACCAGUUCCUUGCCCCGUAUCUGCUAUAGUGAAGCAGAGAAAAGUGCAAGGAAGAGAAUGCUAUGAGGUUUCUUGGCACAACAUAGAUGGGCUUAAAACUUCCAUAGUCCCUGUUGAUCUGAUUGAAAGUGCCUGCCCAGAGAAGAUAGCUGAAUUCAUAGAGAAGAAAGGUGAAGGAAAGAAGCAGAGCAGAAGACCAAGGCCAAGGAAAUCAUCCAAAGCUGCUUUUGCUGAAGUUGAUAUCCAGCUGCAAGGCCUGUUGCUCAACAUUGAAUCACAAAGCAAUUACCUCUCUGAUAAAACCAACCAUUGCCAGCCAAUUGAUGUAAACAGUGUAGAACCUGAAGUCAUUGAUCUGUCCACCCCUUCACCACCUUUCCGUGCUUGUGAAUUUGCAAUAGGCCGGAUGGUUACUGACCAGCAUGUGGAUCUGAUUAAUGUGUCCGAUUCAGAAAAUGAUUUGUCACCUGAACAUGAGAAGAAGGCAAGAGCUCUGAGAUUGUUUAUAGACAGUAUUAGGAGAGAUCUUUAUUAGAGUAACCACAUAAUACAAUGCGAAAUAGUUAUUGUUGUAGUGCAACAGCAUUGGUUUCAGUUACAUCAUUCUGCAGCUCAAUAAUUAGGUUGAUGCACCUUCAGUCCUCCUCUGCCCCUACUCCACAGCCUGAAAGCGCCUCUACCGCCGGCCCCAGCUCUGGUCUUUCAUCAAUUUCCUCUCACCUUAUUGAGAACUGACGCUGUACAAGAUGCCGGUGGGUGGAGGUGGAGGAUGAACAGUUGCAUACUGUUAUUGACGGACUUUCAUCUUUUGUUUUCUCUUAACCUCCUUUCAUUUUGUUUCAGUUAAAGGUCUGUCUUGUAAUACAUCUUUGAGAUGUUCGCUUGUAACAUCGUACUUCCCACAUUUGUACACGUACUUGAACUGUGCAUCCUUCUGUUUGUGGGUUUCCUUUCUUUCCAACUUGGCUUCGGGGUUUCAUUGGAGUUCAAUUUUUGAUCCAGUCUUUACCAGAAUUUGACACCAAUUAUCAAAUUAUUAUUGUAUGGAUAAAUCCAGCCCCUUAAGCUUUUGAUCGUUUCUGGAUGUACUUUGAUCCAUUAAUCUGAUUCCAUGCACUGUAUGAGCG